GGUGGUGGUGGUCAGCAGGAUUGGUGAGUACACUGGCCCUUCUGGUCAGUCCCAUACCUAUCAGUCUCCUAUGUGUCAGCUAUCUCUGCGCUGGCCAAUAAUGCUGUUACUGCUGCUGCUGCUGCUGGGACCUGGAUCCCGACUCAGCGAGGCAACCAGGAGGUACAAGCGUGGACUCCUGGAACUGGCAGGGACCUUGGAUUGUGUUGGUCCUCGAUCACCUUUGGCCUACAUGAACUAUGGCUGUUAUUGUGGCCUCGGUGGUCAUGGAGAGCCACGUGAUGCCAUUGACUGGUGCUGCCGUCAUCACGACUGCUGCUAUUCUGGUGCUCAGGAGGCUGGCUGCAACCCCAAGAUGGACCGUUACCCAUGGCGAUGCAUCGACCAUCACAUCCAGUGUGGACCAGUGGAGAACAAAUGUCAAGAACUCUUGUGCACAUGUGACAAGGAACUUGCUUACUGCCUUGAAGGGACAGAGUACCACCUGAAAUACCUCUUCUACCCCUCAGUUUUAUGUGAAAAGAACUCACCUAAGUGUGACUGACAGGCUAUUUGUUUGCACAUGGAAAUGAAGUUUGUUUUCAGUAAUAAACAACAGCCCUCAAUUUCUCCAGGA